GUGGUCUCAUCACUCAUGCGCUGGGCAUACUUUGUUGCAUGUACGAACAGAAACACACAGAAGAACACCGGCGACCGAUUGACGAUUGUUGUAACUUUUAACAUUCGAAUCCCCAAAAUCCCACUCCACAUUUCUACUAAAACCCUAAAAUAUCAGUACUCCUUUUCUCUCUGGAUAAAUAUGGAUGAACAUGUUGUUCAAAAUGAUUGCGAUUUGCAGUUGUCCUCAUCUACUUUAGAAGGAAAUUUCAAUUAUGCACCUCAUUUGGGUGAAAGUAGUUUGUAUCAGCACAUAACUAAAGCAGAAGAUUGUGAUAGCUACUCUGCUCCUCAAUGGAUUGGAUACCAGCAGAUGCCUCCAUACUAUGUUGAGUAUCUUGUAGGAAACGGGAUAUCUGAUAUGCAAGGAGAAAUACCACAUGACACUAAUGGAAUCGGAUGCAGUUUUACAUCUGAAGAGUCUUUUCUCAGCAUGGAAGCCCAUCAGGUAAGACAAUCAAGGUGUCAACAUGAAGAAAUACUGGCGAACAAUUUCAAAAACACACAACAUCAAAUCUGCUAUCAGAAGCAAGGGCUAGAUACUGCUGCUCAACACAAGCCAAACAUGUCAGGCAUCACCACAUCACGCAGGACAUAUAUGAGACAGAAGGCCACUGAUGCAGAUCGUCGUCGCAGAACAAGGAUUGCAGCAUCACUAGAUGCAUUGGAGGAUUUGCUUCCACAGCCCAAACAGGGAAACAAAACAAACAUAGUUGAUGACUGCAUAGAGUAUAUAAAGUAUUUGCAGCUUCAUAUGAAGGAAUUGAGUCAGAACAGAUUGGUAGGGGAACCAACUUCCAAUCACUUAACUUACCUUGAGGGAUAUGGUGCUUACCUUGUUGAUGAAAAGACUGCUACUGCUGGUGGACCACUGGAAGAGAUGCUUGGAAAUUUGAUGGAAACAAGUCCCUCUGCAGCAAUUAAGCUGCUAGAGAGUCGAGAACUUGUUAUUCGGUACCUGCUCGGCCGACUGGGGAGUAGCGAGUACUCGGGAGUAUUCGGAUUCGGGUUGUUGGAGUGGUGUCGGCAUGUCAUGUCCCACAUGGUUGCUGACAUGGUUAUGGAGGGAAAAUGGGAAAUAGAAGGAAAGAAGAUGAUCAUUGGAGAUUUAUGGAGGUUGGAGAGAGAAUCGACAUUUCCAUGUCGAUUUAGAGAGGAAACAAAUAAGGAAGAAGAUGAAUGAUGGAAUAAUCGAUAUGGAGGAAGGAGGGAACACCGUUCUCUUGUUUCAUUGAUUGUCCAGUUUUUCUAUUAAUACAAGGCAAACGACAUCAUCUAAAUUACACUACUAUAAAUUUCAUGGAAAA